AUGGAGACUUGGGCUGACUCGUGCCCAGGCGUGCGCUUCUCUCUGGGCGUGUGGCUGCUCUUCUCCGCUCUGUGCCCGCGCGGUGCUGAGGCAGAGAUCACAUGUGCGUCUUGCCCGUCGCCUAUUCAACUUCGCAUGGAGGAAUUACGACUGGAUGCGCGCUUUGCCGAGUUCACUGAGGAUCCGGGGAUGCUGAGACAAAUACAAGUGGAGUUUCAAGACCAAGAAGACGCAACACAGUUUCCUAACGUAGAUGGAAUAAAAGAAAAAAGUGAAUAUAUGAACGUAAGUCCACAGAAGGCUUUACGGAGAAAGAAGAGAAACGAGUUUGCAGACUUGUCGUGGAGUGGGGGACUGGAUUUUAGUGCGCCUGAGGAUCGUGGCGCGUUUUUGGAUGGACAAAAACAAAGCAGGUCCGACCUAAGAUGGAACAGAGAUGAGGGAAAAGGGAAUAACCGAGAUGAGCCCAAACUGUCCAGCAGCACUUUCGCUUUGACCGGAGACUCUGCGCACAACCACGCUGUCGUUUACUGGUCCGGACAAAACAGCAGCGUGAUCCUCAUUCUGACCAAGUUAUACGACUUCCACAUCGGCAGCGUCACUGAGAGUACUCUGUGGAGAUCCACAGACUAUGGCUCUACCUAUGAGCGGAUGAAUGAUAAAGUGGGUUCAAAGACGGUGCUGAGUUACCUCUACGUUUGCCCGACCAACAAGAGAAAGAUGAUGGUGCUGACAGACCCUGAGUUUGAGAGUAGUAUUCUCAUCAGCUCAGACGAAGGGGCCAGUUUUCAGAAAUACCGUCUUACCUUCUACGUGCUGAGCCUGCUGUUCCACCCCUCCAAAGAGGACUGGGCCCUGGCCUACAGCCACGACCAGAAGCUGUACAGUUCAGUGGACUUUGGGAGAAAAUGGCAGCUCGUCCACGAACACGUCACGCCCAACAGAUUCUACUGGUCUGUGUUAGGCCUGGACAAGGAAUCUGACCUGGUUCACAUGGAGGCCCACACUCCAGAUGGCAAUGUUCAAUACGUGACAUGCCGCGCGCUGCUGUGCUCUGAGUCGAACAGGGAGUACCCGUUCCCUGGGUACGUCGACAUCAACUCUUUGAUCGUUCAGGAUGACUACAUUUUCAUACAGGUGCCUACCUCUGGACGAGCCACUUACUAUGUAUCAUACAAAAGAGAACAGUUUAUACAAAUCAAACUGCCAAAAUAUUCACUUCCAAAGGAUUUACACAUUGUGAGCACAGAUGAGAAACAGGUUUUUGCAGCGGUACAAGAGUGGAACCAAAAUGACACUUACAACCUCUACCUGUCUGACACACGAGGGAUCUACUUCACCUUGGCCAUGGAGAACGUCAAGACCACCAGGGGCCUCGGGGGCAACCAGAACCUGGAUCUGUAUGAGGUGGCUGGUAUCAAAGGCAUGCUGAUCGCCAACAAGAGACAGGAGAACCAGGUGAAGACAUAUAUCACGUACAAUAAAGGCCGAGACUGGAGGCUGCUGCAGGCGCCCUCUUCUGACCUGGAGGGGAAUGACAUACACUGCAUACUGCCUUUCUGUUCACUCCAUCUUCAGCUGCAGAUGUCAGAAAACCCCUACUUGUCCGGCGCCAUCACCACCAAGAGCUCUGCGCCGGGGAUUAUCGUCGCCACAGGUAACAUUGGCCCGGAGCUGUCGUACAACAACGUGGGCAUGUUUAUUUCUUCUGAUGCUGGGAACAGCUGGAGACAGAUUUUUGAAGAGGAGCACAAUGUCUGGUUCCUGGACAAAGGCGGGGCCCUAGUUGCUGUAAAACAACCCUCUAUACCAACGAGAAACUUGUGGAUCAGUUUUGAUGAAGGUCGACAGUGGACGCAGCACACCUUCUCAUCUGUGCCUCUCUUUGUGGAUGGAGUUCUGGUGGAGGCCGGAGCAGAAAACCAGAUCAUGACGUUCUUCGGUCACUUCAGUCACCGCUCUGAGUGGCAGCUCAUCAAGAUCGACUACAAGUCCAUCUUCAGCAGAAAGUGCACAGAGGAGGAUUACCAGACCUGGCAUCUGCACAACCAGGGAGAGCCUUGUGUGAUGGGCCAAAAGCAGAUCUACAUGAAACGACGGCCCGGGAACUAUUGCAUGCUGGGAAAAGACUACUCCAGGAUCCUGUCUGCGGAGUCUUGCAUCUGCAGAGCUCAUGAUUUUGAAUGUGAUUAUGGAUACGAGCGCCGAGGAGAUGGAAACUGCAGACCCGCCUUCUGGUUCAACCCCUCCACCGUGUCAGGCAGCUGCAGCCACGGACAGAACUACCUCAACAGCACUGGGUAUCGUAAAGUGGUGCUAAACAACUGCACAAAAGGAGUUAAAGAAAUGUACACGGCCCGAAAACAGCAGUGUCCCAACAGACCACCCAAAGGACUCCAGCUCAGCACCCGAGACGGAAAACUCACCGCUCACCUGGGGACCAACGUUACCUUUGUGGUCAACCUGGACGAGGGUGACUCCCUUCGCACAAACAUCCAGCUGGACUUUGGUGACGGUACGGCCGUGUCCUACUCUAACCUGAGCUGGACCGAGGAGGGGAUCAAACACGUGUACAAGUCUGCUGGCAUCUUCAGGGUCACUGCUCUGGCUGAGAACUCACUGGGAUACGACUCCACGACUCUGUACCUCCACAUCACAUGUCCAGUGGAGCAUGUGCAGCUGUUGGCACCAUUCGUGGUCAUCAGGAACAAAGAGGUGAAUAUCUCAGCUGUGGUCCUGCCCAACCAACCCCGCACUGUCACAUACUUCUGGUGGCUCGGGAACAACUCAGAGCCCGUGAUCUCUCUGGAUGGCAGUAUCUCGCACACAUUCAGCUCUGAGGGCAUGCACAGUGUGACGGUGCAGGUGGCUGUGGGGAGCUCCAUACUGCAGGACACCAGGACCAUCGCUGUCAAAGAAUUCUUCAAAUCACUACUUUUAUCUUUCUCACCCAAUCUGGACGAGUUCAAUCCGGACAUCCCUGAGUGGCGGCACGACGUGAGCAGAGUAAUUAAGAAGUCUCUCCUCCAAGUCUCGGACUUCCCAGAGGAGCAGCUCUUGGUGGCCGUGUUCCCAGGAGUCCCCACUGCAGCAGAGCUAUUCUUACUGCCUCGCAAGAACCAAUCAGAAACACGCAAGAAAACUGAGGAGCACCUGGAAAAGGCAUCAGACAUCAUCGUGAGCGCUCUGAACCAGAACUUGGUGGAGUUUGAACUGAAGCCGGGGGUCAGGGUCAUUGUCUACAACACACAGCUAACACUAGCUCCGUUGGUGGACUCCAGCCCUCGCCACAGCAGCUCAGCGAUGCUCAUGCUCCUCUCCGUGGUGUUUUUGGGUUUAGCCGUUUUCCUCAUCUACAAGUUUAAGAGAAAAAUCCCUUGGAUCAACAUCUACGCGGAGGUGAACCAGGAGAAGGAGCAGGAGAUGAUCGGCUCGGUGGGGCAGGACAGCACGCCCAAAAUCACUCUGAGUGAGUUUGCCACGUCCAAAGAGCGAAUGGAGAAGGAGCUCGAUGCCAGGGUCAAACGGGGAGUGGGCAAUGCCUGCGAGAGCACAAGGGAGAUCCCAAACUGCACCAGUGUGUGA